AUGUUUUAUUGUAUUAUUCUAGUCCACAAUAGUAGUUUGUAGUAGGCAAAUUUCAAAAUCUCUUUUUUCGAUCUUAAUUUUUUUUAUUUUUUGUUGUGUGUUUUUGUUGUUUUCUUUGAUCAUGAUCCAGCAGGAACAGAACGACGUCGGCAUGGAGGACGCCCUAAUGGACAGCCAGGCGAACGCGUUCAUGGAAAAGGCGAAGAAGCCGAUCGUCUGGUGCCGUCUCCCUUUCGGCGUCCGUAUCGAGGACCUCCACCAGUCCUACUACGAGGAAGUGAUCGACCUGGUCAAGCGGCACUACGUCCCGGACGAGCCAACCUUCACGUCUGUCAAGAUGUCCCAGGACGAGGCGUCCAUGGACGAGUUCCUCUCACUCUGCAACGUCUGGAUACGCGACACUUGCAGCAUGGUAGCAGUUGAAGAGGGCGAGAAGAAAGCCGUCGGAGCUCUCAUCGGCAGGGUCUACAUCAAGAAAGAGAUGAACCGGGAGUUCGCACGUGUGUCGCCCGAAUUCGAAUACAUGUCGCCGCCUCCUACUGAAAAGCGCAUGUCGACCGCUAAAGCCGCUGACCGUCCAGGAUCGAAAAAGUCCAUUAGGAGGCCGUCGUCUAAAAAAUCAAUCAGGCGACAAUCUUCCAAGAAAUCCAUCAGACGCCAGUCCUCGAAGAAAUCAAUCAGGCGUCAAUCUGCAAAGAAAUCCAUCAGGCGCCAAUCUACGAAAGGGAAACACGGCCCGAAAGCCGGUAAAAAGAAACAUUCGUCACGGAAAGACAAUGCGUCCAUCACGUCGGACACGAACAAAGUCAAGAGAGUGUACACUUUCCAAAGGCCUCACGAUUUGAUACCGAAGCCGAAAAAGAAGUGGAGCCCGGUGACCGUAUUUUACGACGAAGACCUGAUAUACAAGACAGAACCUCUGAGGAAGGUGCAGACGCUGAAGCACUUUAUUUCGAAGAAGUUUGACGUCUUUCAGUCGUUGUGCAAGAAGAAGUACUACAAAAUAUACAUGGUGGUCGUCCACAGAGACUACAGGAGGAGAGGGAUUGGCAAGUCUCUCAUGAGGUGCGUCUUCGGCAUGUGCCGCGGCUUCAGGAUCGAGGUGGCCGCGGGCGUCUUCCCAUCGUUCAUAUCCCAGAACAUGUUUUUCAAACUGGGCGGCAAGGUCGGUUACGAGAUGGCGUACGAGGACUACGUUGUCGACGGGAGCGUUGUCUUCAGCAGCACGGGCGACCUCAACUACUCUCUAGCGUUGAUGUACCUCAUCAUACCACCGAAGGACGAGGGCGUAUACGCCGAGAAGGUGGAAGACAGGCCGCCUGUACCGAGGAGGAAAGACCUGCAGUUCGUUUCCGAGUCGAAGACAGCCAAAUCAUGACCUAUGGGAUGCCAAUGCUGUGAACUCCGACUUAGUCAGGGUCAAAGACGUACACGUCCCAGCCAGCAAAAUAUAUCAUUUCAAACCUU